CACUCUAGCCUGAGCCACAGAGCAAGACUCUCUCUCUCUCUCUCUCUCUCUCUCUCUCUCGGAAAAAAAAAAAAAAAGUAUAAUUGGUUUGUCAGUCCGUGUCCAGGACGAAGAAGCAGGAGGUCCUAUUGAGUACAGGCAGGAAAUUCCGCUUAAGUGCAAAUAUCCCACGGGAGGAUUCAGAUCAAAGUGCAGGGAGGAAGCCCGCCCUGCCAAGGGCUGUGUCAGGAACUUGCUCAUCCGGCUCCACUCAGCUGUGCUAGAUCGCUUCUUCUGUCAAUCAGUCCACGAGGGGCGGCACCUGACGCCGUAUCCAGUAAGGGCCGUGGGGCGGGUUCGUGGGAACUGUCAAUCAGGCGCGCUGCCCAGAGGAGUGUGUGGUUGAAAAAGCCCGCGGCGUCUUCUCCACCCACCUGCUCUGGGCGCUCGUUGCUCGGCUCUGUAGCUAAGAGACGACCUGGAAGUUCUGUGGCAGCCUGUGUCACGCGGGAACCCGCAUUGGCAGCGGGAGCCGUCCGGAGGACCUGGGACACCGCGGAAGUCGGGAAAUGGCCUCAGUGGCUUUAGAGGAUGUGGCUGUGAACUUCACCCGAGAAGAGUGGGCUUUGCUGGGUCCUUGUCAGAAGAAUCUCUACAAAGAUGUGAUGCAGGAAACCAUCAGGAACCUGGAUUGUGUAGGAAUGAAAUGGAAAGACCAGAACAUUGAAGAUCAAUACAGAUAUCCCAGGAAAAAUCUAAGAUGUCGUAUGUUAGAGAGAUUUGUUGAAAGUAAAGGUGGAAGUCAAUGUGGAGAAACAUCUAGCCAGAUUCAAGAUAGUAUUGUGACCAAGAACACUCUUCCUGGAGUAGGUCCAUGUGAAAGCAGUAUGAGUGGAGAAGUCAUCAUGGGUCAUUCAUCCCUUAAUUGUUAUAUCAGAGUUGGUGCUGGGCACAAACCACAUGAGUAUCAUGAAUGUGGAGAGAAGCCAGAUACGCAUAAACAACGUGGGAAAGCCUUCAGUUACCACAACUCACUUCAAACACAUGAGAGGCUUCACACUGGAAAGAAACCAUAUGAUUGUAAAGAAUGUGGGAAGUCCUUCAGUUCUUUGGGAAACCUUCAAAGACACAUGGCAGUGCAGCGUGGAGAUGGACCUUAUAAAUGUAAGUUGUGUGGGAAAGCGUUUUUUUGGCCCAGUUUAUUACAUAUGCAUGAAAGAAUGCACACUGGAGAGAAACCAUAUGAAUGUAAGCAGUGUUCUAAAGCCUUUUCUUUUUACAGUUCCUAUCUAAGACAUGAAAGAACACAUACUGGGGAGAAACCGUAUGAAUGUAAACAGUGUUCUAAAGCCUUCCCUGAUUACAGUUCUUGUCUAAGACAUGAAAGAACUCACACUGGAAAGAAACCCUAUACAUGUAAACAAUGUGGGAAAGCCUUCAGUGCUUCCACUUCCCUUCGAAGACACGAAACAACUCACACUGAUGAGAAACCCUAUGCAUGUCAGCAAUGUGGGAAAGCGUUUCAUCAUCUGGGAAGCUUUCAAAGACACAUGGUAAUGCACACGAGAGAUGGACCUCAUAAAUGUAAGAUAUGUGGAAAAGGCUUUGAUUGUCCUAGUUCACUGCAAAGUCAUGAAAGAACUCACACUGGAGAGAAACUCUAUGAAUGCAAGCAGUGUGGGAAAGCGUUAUCUCAUAGCUCAAGCUUUCGAAGACACAUGACAAUGCACACUGGAGAUGGACCUCACAAAUGCAAGAUAUGUGGGAAAGCCUUUGUUUAUCCCAGUGUAUUUCAAAGGCAUGAAAAGACUCACACUGCAGAGAAACCCUAUAAAUGUAAACAAUGUGGCAAAGCCUACCGUAUUUCCAGUUCUCUUCGAAGGCAUGAAACAACUCAUACUGGAGAGAAACCCUAUAAAUGCAAAUGUGGGAAAGCCUUUAUUGAUUUCUAUUCCUUUCAAAAUCACAAAACAACUCAUGCUGGAGAGAAGCCAUAUGAGUGUAAGGAAUGUGGGAAAGCAUUCAGUUGUUUCCAAUACCUUUCUCAACAUAGAAGGACUCACACAGGAGAGAAACCUUAUGAGUGUAAAACAUGUAGGAAAGCCUUCAGUCAUUUUGGUAACUUAAAAGUACAUGAAAGAAUUCACUCUGGAGAGAAGCCGUAUGAAUGUAAGGAAUGUGGGAAAGCAUUCUCUUGGCUCACUUGCUUUCUACGACAUGAAAGAAUUCACAUGAGAGAGAAAUCCUAUGAAUGUCAACAAUGUGGUAAAGCCUUCACUCAUUCCCGUUUUCUUCAAGGACAUGAAAAAACUCAUACUGGAGAGAACCCAUAUGAAUGUAAGGAAUGUGGGAAAGCAUUUGCUUCUCUCAGUUCCUUGCAUAGACAUAAAAAGACUCACUGGAAAAAAACUCACACUGGAGAGAACCCGUAUGGAUGUAAGGAAUGUGGGAAAGCAUUUGCUUCUCUCAGUUCCUUGCAUAGACAUAAAAAGACUCACUAGCAUUCUCUCUAAAUGUAUGGAAUGUGGGAAAGCAUUUAUUAAUUUUAUUUCAUUUCAGAUACUUGUACGAAACACAUUGGAGAUAGACCCUGUGAAUGUAAGCACUUGGUAAAACCUUAAGUAAUUUCAGUUUCUUUCCAGUACAGUCAUCCCUUGAUACCUGCUGGGUAUUGGUUCCAGCACUCCGUGAGCCAUGUCAAGUCCCUUUUAUAAAAUGACAUAUUUGUAUGUAACUUACCCACAUCCUCUUGUAUAGUCUCAAUUAUGUCUAGAUUACUUAAAAUACCUCAUGCAUUAUAAAAGCUAUGCAAAUAGUUGUUCUAUUGUAUUGUUUAGGGACUCAUGAUAAGGAAAAGAGUCUAUGUAUUUUCAGUAUAGAUGCAGUAAUUGUGAGCCUAUCAACAUAGUAUAGUCAGCCAGAACAUUAAAGUUUCUUUGUUUCAACUCUCA